AUGAAUCCCUGGGCCAGCCCAGUGGUACUUGUCCAGAAGCAGGAUGGGUCCAUCCAGUUCUGUGUGGACUACCGGAAGCUGAAUGCUAUUACCACCCCUGAUGCUUACCCUAUGCCCAGGACGGACUCUUUACUUGAUCACCUGGGCCCGGCCAAGGUUAUCUCUACUCUUGAUCUGUCCAAAGGAUUCUGGCAAAUGGCACUGGAUCCAGAUGCCAUUGCCAAGUCUGCCUUUACCACACCUGUGGGACUAUAUGAGUUUACAGUUUUACUUUUUGGAUGUGAGCAGUUUGCCAUGGCUUACAUUGAUGACAUUGCCAUCUUCAGUCAGGACUUGGAAUCGCACCUGAUUCAUCUGACCACCGUGUUAGGCAAGAUCAAGCAAGCUGGUCUUACUGUGAAAGCCAAAAAGUGCCAGUGGGCACUAUCUGAAGUGAACAAGUGCAAGUUAAAUCUCUGUGACAAUGAUAGCAGGUCACCAUUAAUGAAGGCAGUACAAUGCCAACAGGAAAUAUGUGCAAAUUUGUUCCUAGAACAUGGCACAGGCCCUAAUCUUGUUGAUGUUGAUGGCAAUACUGCCCUUCACCUUGCUGACUGUAUUCCUAAUAUAUCACUAGCUAGAGUGGUUGAGUAUGGUGUUGACACCGAUGCACAAAAUAAGGAUAGGUGCACACCUCUUACCCUUGCUAUAACUGAAAAUCAUCAAGGGAUGGUAGAGUUUCUCUUCAAAAAGGAGCAAAUGUACAUGUUGAAGCAAUCUCCCAACCAGACAUCAAGAACAAGAGAUUCAAGGAAAGUUAUGGAUGACUUUUCCCAAGGAGACUCAAUAAGAAGUUCUGAAAAAGGUGAAGGUGACAACAACCGGCUUUCUUCAGAGGAAGAAGAAUUAGAUUUUACUGCCAAAAUCACAUGCAGGGAUAUUGCAGAUGAUUUAUAUAAUUUAACUUAGUCUUCUGACAUGACUAUCAAGGACCCAGAGUUGCCUUCUACAACCUAGAAAGAGGCAAUUGUACUGAUAGAACAACUUACUGUGGACAGUAAAGACCUGGGAUUUAAAAAGAAAACACCUCAAGAAAUAAAAGGUCUUGUGAAUACAGUUCAGCGAAUGAUCAAAGAAGAGCACAGUGAAACACAAAAACAGCUCUCUCAAGAAAAGAGUGCCAGAGCUCUUCAAGAAGGUAUUUUAAAUAACCACCUUCGGAGGCAGAAGGAAAUGGAAAAAGGAACAAGAAUAAUGAUAGCUAAGAGUUCAGAAGUACCUGACAACCAUGUCAGAGAAAAGGAUUUGUUACACAAAAAUCAGAUGCUGCAAAAUGAAAUUGCUAUUCUAAGACUGGAACUUGAUCAGAUAAGAAUUCGGCACCAGGAGGAAGAAACUAAAUAUUUGAAAGAAAAUGUGGCCUUGAAAGAAAAAAAUGAAGGUCUUAAAAAUGAACUAGACCUAAAUGAGGAAGCUCUAACACAAACGGUUUUUCAGUACAAUGGACAGCUGAAUGUAUUAAAGACAGAAUCUACAAUGCUGACCUCCAAAAUAGAGCAGACGAAAGAAAACAAAGAUAGGCUAGAAACAGAGCUUGAAUCAUUUCGUUCUCGUUUGAACUCCGCUGUUCAAGAACUUGAACGUUGUCAAGCAUCAAAAAGUGAUGUUGAGCAGAUGUUGCAAAGAGAGCAUGAUGAGUGGCUUCAUUUACAAGACAAGUUCAGUCAUGACCUCUCAAAUCUGCAAGAGACCAACAAUAACUUGUCUCAACAGCUUAAUAAGGCUGAAAACAAAAUUAAUAGUUUAGAAAAUGAACUUCAUCAAGUAAUGCAAACUCUUAAAGAAAAAACCUUCCUUUUAGAGAGUACUCAAAGGGAACUAAACCAGGCACAGUGUCAGGCAAAGGAACAUGAUCAUGCUCAACAAAUGGAAAAGGACCAGAUAAACAAAUAUAUUGUAAAACAGGAAGCAAUGCAAGAACGAUUGGCUCAGCUCCAAAGUGAAAACCUUUUAUUCCGGCAGCAACUGGAAGAUGUGCAAAGUAAAGGGAUCAUCAAAGAGAAAGUAGUGAGUGAUAUCCAAGACAGAUUUAAUGAUAUUUCCAAUAAGCUUAGAGCUGAUACAGAAAAACAAGUGCAUAUGAUAGAAGAAAGAAAUCACAAGUUAAUCACCAAAUGCAAUAAUUUAAAAGAGCAAGUCUUUAAAUAUGAAACUGAGAAAGUUGAAAGAGAGGGGAUGGUAAGACAACUGCAGCAAGAACUUGCUGAUGCUCUUAAAAAACAAUCAAUACCAGAAGCUUCACUGGAUGCUGAAACACGUUAUCAAAACAACUUAGAAAAAGACAAAGUGCACUUCCAAAAAGAAAUUAAUGGAAUUAAAUCCAAGUUUGAAAGUGAAAGGAAAAAGGUGAAGAAGCUAGUAGAGCUAAAACAAUCGGUGGAAGCCCAGCUGGAUCAAGAGAUGAAAAGAAACAGUGAACUGCAAAAAAAGUAUUAUGAAAUCAAGAAACUUCUAAAAACAGAUAAGAAGAAUUUAAAAGAAUAUGAGACUACAGAAACUGAGUCGCAGUUUAGUUUCCAAGGAGAAUUGAAGAACAAAUAUUCUGAAAUGGAUAGUGAAGUUAGUAGAUUAAGAACAAAGGUAGAGGAGCUAUCCCAACAGCUGGAGAUAGAAUCAAAAAAAUCUAUGCAGUUAGAACGCACAAAUCAUGAUCUGCAAGAACAGUUGUCUUCUAUGAAGAUACUAAUUAAGAAUCAUGAAAAGCUGCAGAAGAAUAAAUGGCAGCUGGAGGAAGAAGUUGCAAACCUCAAAUGCCAAGUAGAAAUGAAUAUGAUGAAACACAAUCAAAUAGAACAAUAUAAAAGAGAGAUUGAAGAGCGAGCCAGACAAGAAAUGAGAGAAAAACUAGGAGAAGUCAAUUUAUUUUUGCAGACACAGGCAGCCUCCCAAGAGAAGUUAGAAAAAAUAAGAGAAACUAAUAAUGCUUCCCUAAGAAACCAACUGGAGCACAGAAUUAGAGAUCUGGAAUCUGAGCUUGGUAGAAUGAAAAACACCCAGCAAGACAGCAUUUUUCAAAAGGAGUCCACCCAGACAGAACUGGAAAGGUACAAAAACCUGUAUGCGGAGGAAAUAAAAAUUAGAAAAUGCCUAGCAAGUAAAUUGGAAAGAGCUAAUGAGAGGCUAGCAGAAGCCAAUGCAAAACUCCUCCAUGAGCACCACAGGAGCAAGUCUUUAAUUGCCAGCAACAUGGUAAAUGGAAGUCCUACCGCAAGUCCAGUUCUAGAUACAGCUCAGCUUGGAAAUCUUGGAAAUAACUUAGCACUAAAUAGAAGUCUUGGCAUUGGAAGUAGUUUCAUAAAUCCAACUGGAAAUUCAUUAUCUUCAAAAAACAGAGUGGAAGCUUCUUUGGCUAAGAUGCGGAAGGAACUGGAAAAAAGUAUCAGGAAAGAACUUGACCAAGCCAAUGCUGAUCUCGAAGCUGGAUCCGUAAGAGUCUCUCCUGUGGGAUCUACUGAUGGAUCUUCAAGCAACUUAAAUAUAAAUAAGGAUCCAGUUUCCAGGGCAACACAGCAGUAUCUAGAGAUGUUAAAGAAAAAUUAUAUCAUCUGA